AUGCCAACAUUUCUUUGCGUUUAUUCAAAUAUUCAAUCAAAUCCAAUGCUGAAAAAAGCCAUCGAAUAUUGUUGUCGACAAUUUUUUAUUUUACAUCGCAUUCCCUUUAUAUUACAAAUGCUUGGUAGUAUAUCUCAAUUAUUUGAUUUUAAUCAAUCAACUGACAAUACUCAUACAAAUGGAGUACAGUCAACAUCGUUAUUUCGUUUAUUAAUUGCAUUAGAACAAACGAAUUUUGAUUCAAUGACUGACGAUUAUUCUAUAUUGGAAUUAAUCAAAAAUGAUUCAUCGACAUCUAAAACGCAUGAUACAACAGCAGGAAAUAUGAAUACUGUUGCUGCACUUGGGCAAAGAGCGAUGUUUGUACCAAGAGUUAUUAAAUCAUUGGACUUUUGUUAUGCAGAUGAUGAUACAAUAUUUACAUUGCUUAAUUGUUUCGAUGUUUGUGUUACUGUUGUUGCUUAUGCACCUAAUUCGCUUCGUUCAUUACAAAUGCUGAAUAUAAUAGAUAUGCUUUUACCAAAAUAUUUACAGCACAUAAAAGAUUAUACGAAUAAGAAUGAUAUUCAUAAAUGUGGACUCAAUGAAAUAAAAAAACUCGAAAAAUUGUCUAUUACUAUGAAAACGCUAAUUCAUUCAUCUGAAUGGUUAACACGAACAUUUACUGAACCUAAAUCUGAUGCAUCAGCCGAUGUUACCUAUCGAUAUUCACGUAAUUCAUAUCUUUCACCAUCAAUUCUAGCUGAUGAAGAAUCAACGAAUCGUUUUAUUGAUGAACGUGCAAAAAGUAAAAUACAAGACGUUGAUGAACUUGAACAAGCAUCUGAAUUUCGUUGGCCUCGUGAUAUAAUUUUAGCUAUUAUAUCAACUUUUAUACAUUUUUCUAUACAACGUUCAAAUGAAUUAAUAAAAUUACUUCGUGAUUCAACAAUCCACUUACCAGAACUUCUUGAUACAAAAUCACACACACGUCUUGCAGAUAUAGCUCAUACAUUAUUGAAACUAAGUAGUUUUGAUCCUAUUACAGUAGGCUGUCGCGGUGUACAAAAUUAUUUUCAAAAACUAUUACCAUACACCGAUUGGAGCGACGAACAAUUACGACCAGUAUUAAAUAAUAUAUUAAGACGUAUUGAUAGAAUGUUUGUAAAAGUUUGUAAAAAGUCAACGACAAAACAUUCGUUUGAUUGGGAAGCAACAGCUGGAAUUUUAAAUGGAAUUUAUUUAACGGUUGAUCGACAUCCAUAUAUUGCAUAUUUUCCCAAUUUUAAAAUAUUAAUAUCUGGUUGUAUUACGUUGAUAUUAAAUGAGAAUCAAAUAGAUGUAGGUCGUAGUGUACCACGUACGACUAUUCACAUUUUCCCAAAAGAACUAUCUCGUUCAGUUAUUAAACUUGUUGGACGAUAUCUAUUGGCUAUUAAGCAUCAACCAAAUUUAGAAGCAUUAACUUCGAAUAAUAGUUGGUCAUCUCUGAAUACGUCAUCAGCAAUUGAUUAUUUAUUACAUUUCUUUUUACCACUCUUGUUUUGGAUGAGCAGUGAACAGAAAGAUGGACAGAAAUUGCAUCCAAUGGAUAUUUCAUACAUUAUUACAGUACUUCUUAGUUCGGUGAAACCACCAUUAAAACCAGCAACUACUAUAGGUACACAAAAUAUAUCAAUGGCAAGUAUAGUAAAUGCUGGAAAACAACAUUUAAUAUUGGGAGAAGCUACUUUAGCGAGCAACACUUUUAGUCACAAACCAAUCGGACAAUUAAAAUAUCUUGCACAAACAGUAUCUUUGUUAGGUUUGAAAAUAGUAAUUGUUAGCUUUAGUAAACAAAUUCGGAAUGAAUCCCAACGAAUUAUAGAAGCAAUAAAAGCAAUAUGUAAUAAACAAGCCCAUAUUUCAUCAAAUCUCUUAUCAUUUAUUGAUUUUAUUGUUUCAUAUGAAACGCCAAUCUAUGUUAUUCUUCGACCGUUUCUAUGCUAUUAUAUGAAUUCGAUGACAUCAAAAAAUGAUUCUGAUUAUGAAAUAAUUAGAAGUAUUCAACAGAAACUUAGUUUUGAUAAAAUAGUACCAUCGAAAUCAAUGGCUGAAAUUUUAAAUGAACUUACACAAGAAUGGAAUCAAUUAAACGAAGAACUCGCAGAUGAAUCAAAAAUAUUUGAUGUUCAUCAUAAACGCGCGACAAGUACAGACAAAAUGCAUCUCAGUGCUGAUGUCUGUCAACAAAUGAAAAAUAAUGAUGGAACUAGAACACGAAUGAAUAUUAUUCACAAUCAAGGAUCUACUGCUCGUAGUCAAACAACAAAUACAAUUUAUCUUGAAGGACAAGAACAAAGCGAUAGCAGCUUAGAUUCUUCAGUGAAAAAUAGAACUGAAAAGAUUCAAGUUGCCGAUGCUUUGAACAUACUUGAAGCCUAUUAUAUUCGAUAUAGAACUCGAUGUGGUGUUUCUGAUACAACGAACAAUCGAAAAGAAUAUUCAACGCUGAGAGAUCUUUCAUUUAUGAAAGUCAAAACAGCAGCAUCUGUGCCAAAUAAUCAUUUAGAUGUUCAGUCAAUAUCAAAAUUACGUCCUCAAACGGCGUUCUCACGUUCAUUGAUCACUACUAGUGGUCAUAGUGGUUCAACAAUGAAUCGCUCAUUUAAGUAUUAUAAUCAAAUGGGCGACAAUAAUGCUUCCCACGAACAUUCAAUCGGUAACGAAACUUCACCUAAAUUACGAACAUUUCAUGGAUUAAAACGAAACAUGGCAUGUUUAGAUAAAUCUCGAUCAACAAGAAGCUCACGACAAUUCAAAACAACAAAUGAAUUAAGUAUGAAAUAUGAUGCUACUGAAGAAAUGAAUGUCAUAUUUCGACCAAAUAGAUAUGUGAAUCAACAAAGCAUUGACUCUUCUAAUAUACACCCUUCUUCUGAUCAAACAAGUCUUAAUCCAUUCGCCCAUAGUACUACCAAUCCAACCAAUGAUCAAACUUCGAAUUCGUCGAGUCGUUAA